AUGGGCAUCACCUUCGACAACCUGGACCAGGACGCUGGCCUGAAGAAGCUUAACGGCUUCUUGACGAACCGCAGCUACAUCGAGGGCUACAAAUUCAGUUCGGCCGAUGCCGCUCUGUUCCACAAGUUCUCGGCCGUGCCCGACGCCGCCAAGUUUGCCAAUGUGUACCGCUGGUACGUCCACAUUGCCGCUAAGCUUGGCCUGCGCGCUAUCCUGGUGACCAAGAAGGCCGCCGCUGUCGCCCCCCAGGCUGCUGCCGCCCCGAAGCAGGCCGCCAAGGAGGAGGACGAGGAGGAUGACGACGAUGACCUCUUCGGUGAUGACGACGACGAGGAUGACGAGGCCGCCAAGGCCCUUGCUGCCAAGCGCGCCGAGGCUGCCAAGGCCGCCAAGAAGGAGAAGAAGAAACCCGUGGAACGCUCGCAGGUGGUGAUUGAGGUGAAGCCGUGGGAGGCUGAGACCGAUCUCGAGGAGCUCGCCGUUAAGAUCAAGGCUCUGCCCGUCGAGGGUCUGACCUGGGGUGAGGGACACAAGCUGGUGCCGGUGGCUUUCGGAAUUAAGAAGCUGCUCGUGCAGUGCGUCAUUAUCGACGACCUGGUGCUGCUUGACGACAUCACGGACGCCAUUGAGGGUUUCGAGGACUACGUGCAGUCGGUGGACGUUGCGUCCAUGAACAAGCUGUAA